AUGGAACCAUCACAGGACACCAUUAUUGAAGCAAAAGAAGAACUCAUGGUUUCACCGUUGUCUGGUAAAAACCCAGUUCGAAGAACAGCUUAUUUUAUCAAACCCUGCGUGGAAGAUCCAGCAAAUCUUCCUCCUUCCAUGUUCUCUUCUGGAAGAACAGCCACUGUCAUUUCCGACCCUGCAAAGCUGCCACUAGAAGUGAGAUACAAUGGAUGGUUUUAUCCACAUCGAGAAUGGAACAUAUGGGUCCAACAGAUGCAACACAAAUAUGAAUAUAUGUGGAUACAAGCUGGGAUAGACCAAGCUAUCAAAGCUUCUACUUAUCAAAUACGUAGGAGUGAUGAGUUGAUUCUUGAGCUUGCUUACAGGUGGUGUUCAAAGACCAACACGUUUGUGUUUCCAUGGGGAGAAGCAACUAUAACGCUGGAGGACAUGAAGGUUUGUUGGGGUUACUCUGUCAUGGGAUUGCCUUUCUCUAGCCCUCUUGUGAGUGAUGAGGAAAAGGAAGUAGAGCAAGGGUUGAUUAAAGUGUAUAGGGAGUUCUUCAAAUCGAAGGCCAAAAGGGCAAAUCAUAAUCCAUGGAUGAGGUAUUUCAUGAGUAAUGAGAGCCAACUGGAGCAUGAGGCAUUCUUGUCUUUGUGGUUGUCGAGGUUUGUUUUCCCUGGUAGAUCAUGUCAAACCAUUUUGAAAAGUGUUUUUCCUAUCGCCAUACAUUUAGCAAGAGGCACUAAACUAGCUCUUGCACCUGCUUUAUUAGCCAUCAUUUACAGGGAUUUGAGUUUGCUAAAUAACAAAAUCAGAAUUGUCACAACACUGGAGUUGGAAGUUAUUCUGUGGGCUCCUUUUCAGUUGGUCCAAGUUUGGGCAUUGGAGAGAUUUCCAGCGCUGCAGCCGCGUCCUUAUGUAGUUGAGCAAGGCCAACUCUUGAUGGCUAAAUGGCACUCAGUGAAAAUGGUUAAACAUGCCAACAUGAAAUUGAUUUUGGACUCUUCAAAAGGUGGAAAUGGCUUUAUUUGGCGCCCAUACGAGAAUUCUCCUCCUCUUCAGCUUUACGAUGAAAAUGGCAGGUGGGUAUGCAAAAAUCCCAAUUUUGAUGAUGAAUUAGAAUCCUUUGCUCGCUGCUUGAGGGUCUCAGAGUUGGUGGGCAUAGAGUGUAUAGAACAGUACUGCCCAAAUCGUGUUGCUAUGCAGUUAGGGAUGGAUCAAGACAUUCCUGCUAUGCUAGCACCUCGCAAAGAGAAUCCUUGGAUAUGUUAUAGUCAGCCAGUAACAGAUACAAAUUUGUACAUUGCAUUCUGUGCCUGCAAUCAACCAAAUGUCACUUCUAGAUACUAUCGUUGGUGGAAGCAAUCAAAUUCAAGCAAGCAAGGAAGGAAGCAUUACGAUUUUGUUGUGAGUAGCUUAGAACAUGUGAUCCCAAUAUCAGUAUAUAUGAACAAAGAGCGCAGCGGAUCCUAUGGCCCACCACCUGGUUUUACUUCCAAGAUUAAGAAAAAAAAAGUGGAUUUUGAUGAAAUGGGAAAGGGUUCAAUCGUUGAGUUAUCCAGUUGUUCGAGUGAAGGUUCAUGUCUUGGUGAUGAAGAAGUUGAAAAUGGCCAGGUUUUGUCUAGUCCUCUAUCUGUUGUUUUCCCAUCAUUAAGUGCUGAAAAAGCAAGAAGUCACGACAUGAAUGGUGUGAAGGUCCAGAGUUUAUUUUGUGAUAGAGGUGGUGUUAGUGACAUGGAAAGGAAAGAUGCAAGCCCUUGUGUAGAAGAAGUAGCUUCUAAUCUUGAAAGCCGGGUUGGGAAGCUUGUAAGAGUGAUUGGGGAGCUUAAAGCAGCAAAAUUAGGUCAUAAAGUUCAAAAUAUUGGACAUAAUGUCCUUUUGUAA